UUACUCAAAUUCGACGUGAGACAAUUUCAAAAUUCAUUAUUUCAGUCUUUUUCGAAAUGCCUAAGAUUGUCUUCUUCUUAAUUGUUUCUCAAUUAUUGAUAAUUUCGGCUCAAUUUUUGAGAUACCAUCCUUUGAGUCGAGAAAAACGAACCCUGAUUUGGCCCAAAGGCACCGGAGUGGUCCAAGCAAUUGCAGGUUUUGGAAUCCCAGUUGAUUUGAAAAAAGAAACAGUAAUAGUCGGGACUGUCUUCAAAGCAACUUAUCACGUUCCUGAAAAUGUCACUGAAUUAAAAGCUCCUUAUGUCACUUACGAACGGAAAAAACGGUCAGCAACUCGAUGGGACAUUUACAAUGUAUUGUCACAAGCUUUCGAGAUGCGCGGAUUUGAAGGAAAACCUUGCAUUCUGCGAACUAUCUGUGAAGUCGCUCAUACUCCCCUCGAAAAGAAUUACGGAUUUUUCCACGAGCUGAUUCACACAAUUUUCACACCAAGCAGUACUAACGAAAAUGUCGAAUUGAAUGCUGAUAACGAAUAUUACGCUGCACAAUUGAUUGGAAAAGAAAAAGGAAAUUGCGGAAAAGUCUUUCACGACUGUCGUACAAGCUUAUUAGAUAUGAUCACAAUUUAUGACAACUUGUAGACUGUUUUUUUUUUGAAAAUAUAAAAUCAACAAGUGUCUAGCG